AUGGCUCCCUGGGAGAGUUUGAUCCGCUUUAAAGCCACCGACAAAAAUAUAUACUGGGCCCAGCUUAGCCUGGAACAGACGCCCUCUGCUGGCCUCACUCUGAGAGGGUUCCCAACCAUCGAAGCCUUAGAGGCAGACGAGCAGAGCACCCAUGUCACUGUCGAAGAGGCAAGCAUAUCCCUGUUCAGCGGUAUGAUGCCCAUAGUAACAGGACCAGCUCCUCGCUCCAGUUCCGGUAACUGGGAUCAAUAUCAUCUGCGUUGGUCUCAACUACCGCAACCACGCCAACGAGGCAUCGGUGAGAUAAAAACAAUUCUUUUUAAAGUCCCAAGGCUAAUCAGUCCGUCCUACCAGCUGGCCAUCCCACAAUGCCCGCCCAUGUGGUACAAGGCCCCUCCGGCCCUGGCCAACCCGGACAGCGACAUACCCUUCCCAGUGCAGGCGCAGAACGCAUUCCCUGACUUCGAGGGCGAACUGACCAUUGUCCUGCGCAACACGAUCAAAUCCGUGCCAGCUGCCUCGUCCACGUCUCACAUCCUCGGCUACACUAUCGGCAACGAUCUCACAGCACGCAUGUUUCAGCGCGCCUGCGGUGGACAAUAUACACACGCAAAGGGCUACGACAAUUUCGCCCCUCUUGGCCCGCGCCUCGUUCAUCCAUCCGUGUUCGAGCCGUCCAACCCCGCGAGCCGCAUCACGACGCGGGUGAAUGGCCGCGUCGUCCAAGACAGCCCCUUUGAUUUUAUCUUCCCGAUUGACGAGCUGCUGGCGUUCCUCUCGGAGGGGACGACGAUCCCCGCGGGGACGGCCAUCAUGACGGGGACGCCGGCGGGCGUGGGCUGGUUCCAGGAUCCGAAGCGUUCGUUGGCAGAUGGUGACGUUGUCGGGGUAGAGGUUAAGCCGAUUGGGGUUUUGAGGAAUAGGAUUGUUUUUGAAAAGUAG